AAGGGACCUCAGCCCCAGGAGCUGGUUCCUAUGCUUCAGUCACUGGCUUUCACGGCAUCUCCUCCACCAGGCGGCAGCCGCUCGUCUGGGCCAGUCCCUUCCCCGCCCCUUGAUAGCAGGACUUUGUUUUACUUUCACAAUCGCGGUCAGAAAAAGGUGAGGUUCCUUCUCGCAGAGGCGCUGCCCCACGUGUUGGUUGAACCUUGAGGGGCCAUGGCGGAUGAGAAGCUGAAGGAAAUCCGCUCAGAGUUUGUGGCCUGUGCUAACAAGUCUCUCAUCAGCCAGCUCCUAGAUAGGCUUCUCCAGAAAGGAGUCCUGAACGAGGAGGAGGCGGAUGAGGUGAAGGUCGAAAAGAAGAAGCAGGACCAGGCAAGGAUCUUGAUUGACCACGUGAGGUGGAAGGGGCACAAAGCAAGCAAAAACUUCAUCGAGGCCCUCUGGUGCCAAGACAGCUUCUUGGCUGAAAAACUGUUUCAAGUCCCUCCGCCAGGGCAACAGGCUCAUUUGCCACACCAGGAAGUUGGCCCAAGGGCUGCCGCCUCAGCAAAAGCAGCCCAGCUGCAGGAGACCAGCGAUGAGCUCAAGCUUUGCUCCCUGGACCUCUUUCAGAAAAUACAAGCUGAGGAAAAGGAUGAGAUCUACCCGAUCAAGGACAAAGAGACACGCACCCGACUGGCCUUGGUCAUCUGCAACAUUGAUUUUGAGCACUGUAGCAAAAGGGAAGGAGCUGAGGUGGAUCUGGCCCAGAUGAAGCUUCUCCUGGAAGGACUGGGAUACAGAGUGGAAACCGAGACCAACUUAUGCUCACAAGACAUGGCCACGUGCUUAAAGAGCUUCGCAGCCCAGGAGGAACACAAGACCUCCGACAGCACCUUUGUGGUGCUCAUGUCUCACGGCCUCCGGGAAGGCCUGUGUGGGGUGAAGAAUGAGGACUCAUGUCCAGAUAUCCUCUCCGUGGACACUGUCUUCUCCACCUUCAACAACAAGAACUGCCCGGCUCUGAGGGGGAAGCCCAAGGUCAUCAUCAUCCAGGCCUGCCGUGGCGUGAAUAAUGGAUUUGCAUUUGUGAGCGACUCAGCAACACCUUCAGCCGCCCCCCUCAGCCCUGUCCAAUGGCAGGAAGAAGACUUUGAGAGCGAUGCCAUUCACAAAGUACACGUGGAAAGCGACUUCAUCUGCUUCUAUUCCACAACCCCAGAUAACGUAUCCUGGAGAAGCCCCCAAAAUGGAUCUCUCUUCAUCAUACGGCUGAUCAAAUAUAUCAAGGAAUGUGCCUGGAACUACAACCUGGAAGAGAUCUUCAGAAAGGUCAUGCAGUCCUUUGAAAAAAACCCAUGCCAGAUGCCCUCCAAGGACCGAACCACCCUGACCAAAAAGCUCUACCUUUUCCCGGGGCACUAAAACUUGAGCGAAGGGGUAGCAUUCUGAACUGAGUCCCUCCCGGCUGCUGUGGACAAUCAUAUACAGUGGAACCUCGGUUUUCGAACGUAAUCCGUUCCGGAAAUCCGUUUGACUUCUGAAAUGUUCAAAAACCAAGGAUCAAAGGGCUGUCAGCAAGUUCAGUGGGGAAAAUUGAAAAAUGCGUCUCAGAAGCUGUUUGACUUCUGAGGAGCGUUUGAAAAUGGAAGUGUUAGAGGUAUCGGGUGGUUGCUCGAGAGCAAUCAGGCAAUAUGCCUCAACAGUCUGUUCUAAAGCUUUCUUAUUUGUAGUAAAAACCUUUAGAAUG